AAAUCUCGUCCGGUAUCCAGUCCCGCAAGUACGCGUACAUACAGUACCUUACCCAUGGAGAUGAUGUGGAGACAGAGCUAAAUCAGACCAUCCAAUAUUUUCCCUCUUCUCUGUGUUCCCGACUGCUGUGCUCUCCUGCAAUGCAAAGAGAAGCCACACCUAUCUCUACGCAGUUAUCAUUACAGACCUUCUGACCACACUCAUUUUUGCAGGAACUUGUGGUCGUUCUUUUGCCGACCAUCAGACUCAGUAACACGCACUUCGCUCACGUUUUGAGAUUCCUCCCCUUGAUUACUUCAUACACUCGUUUCAAGUUUGCGGUGUCGCUCUGCGAGACCGCCAGGCUUGUGCUGAAGGCCUGAACUCGCAUCAUGGACGAUAUUGUGUUCGAUGAGCAGUUAACAAAAGCGGACCGUCUCGUUCUGAAAGCCUUGGCAGAAGAUCUACUUGACCAGUCAACCUCGGAGAAAUGCACAACCUCGAGCCAAGAUGAGGCUGUUAUUGCAACCCUAUCGGCCCUCAACGACCCGAAGGACGCUCAGUUUGAGCCAACCGUGCUCAAUGGGAUCGACUACGACAGCAUCCGCCUGCCAAAACUUCUUGAUGGCUGGCUGUUACGCCCAUACAUCCGCAUUGCCCGUUCCGUCGUUCGCUAUGAAACUGACGUUGUGAUGCUCAACCAUCUCUUGCUGUAUCUCGCAACAUCAGUUCCCAGCGCCGUAUUUCUCUUUUGGCGCUUCUCCUGGCUCCACGGACUACUGCAUCUCGUCAUGCAGUUCACCUACAUGGGUCCUUAUACCUUGAUGAUGCACCAGCAUAUUCACCAAAGAGGCAUUCUUGCCAAGCGCUUCCGUCUCAUAGACAUCCUCUUUCCUUACAUUACAGAUCCUCUCAUGGGUCACACUUGGAACUCUUAUUUCUACCAUCACAUCAAGCACCACCAUGUCGAGGGCAACGGGCCCGACGACCUCUCGUCCACCAUUCGAUAUCAGCGGGACGACAUCUUCCACUUCCUCCAUUACUUUGGCCGCUUCUUGUUGCUGAUAUGGCUGGAACUUCCCAGGUACUUUGCUCGAAAGGGCAGGUUGUCCCUUGCUCUGAAGGCCGGCUUUUGGGAGGGCGCCAGCUACGCGAUGAUGUAUUGCUUGUGGCGUGUUAACUCACGGGCCGCCCUCUGCACUGUUCUGCUGCCGUUUAUCCUCAUGCGGAUUGGGUUGAUGGUGGGCAACUGGGGUCAGCACGCCUUCGUCGACGACGAAGAGCCGGACUCGGACUAUCGCUCAAGUAUCACACUAAUUGAUGUUGCGAGCAACCGUUAUUGCUUCAACGACGGCUACCACACCUCGCACCACCUCAACCCGCUCCGUCAUUGGCGCGAGCACCCCGUUGCCUUCCUAAAGGGGAAGGAAACAUACGCCUCAGAGAACGCCCUUGUCUUCCACAACAUUGACUACAUCAUGAUCACUAUCCGACUGAUGCUAAAAGACUACGAGACACUAGCGAAAUGCAUGGUUCCCAUCGGGAGUCAGAAGUCCAUGACCUUGGAGGAGCGGGCAGCGCUGCUCAAAAGGCAUACUCGGCAGAUUACCGAGGAGGAGAUCCGCGCCAAGUUUUCAAAAAGCAGGUAGUCGAUGGCUAUCCAGGCUCGAGCGGAAACGAAGGGGUUAAGAGCAGAAAGCGGCUGCAGGUAUUCCUAUAGCCCAUGUAGUACUUUUAAUAACAAGACCU